AUGCAUCUCACAUUCGAGCUGAGUUCUCCCAGUGCAGACACCUCCAAAACAGAGCUCCCUCACUCGCACAUCCUUCGCCAUGUUCGCCCAGGUGAGUUGCCCGAAAGGAUUGGGGGCUCUACUUACGAAGGACUUUGCUUCCAGACUCUGUUCUUUUUGGGACUGAUCCUGUCCGCUGUGGUGGCCAUUCCCGUUGAUCCCUACGGACUGUCUUCGCCGGGACUCACCUAUGCGGCGCCCAAAUUGCUGGCUGCUCCUGCCAUCUCCUAUGCUGCACCCAAGCUCCUGGCUGCUCCGGCCAUCUCGUAUGCCGCUCCUGCCAUCUCCUAUGCCCCCAAGGUCCUGGCCGCUCCCGUCGCCGUGGCCAAGGUGGCUGUGGCCGAGCCCUACGAUCCCAAUCCGCAGUACAGCUUCUCGUACGGAGUGACCGAUCAACACACCGGCGACUCCAAGCAGCAGGAGGAGACCCUGGUCAACGGGGUGGUCCACGGCAGCUACUCCCUGGCCGAACCCGAUGGCACCAUCCGCAAGGUCACCUACACCGCCGACAAGGUCAACGGAUUCAAUGCCGUCGUGGAGAAGAAGGGCGUGGCCGCGGUGGCCAUUGCCAAGCCAGCUCUUGCGGUCGCCGCCGUUCCCGCCAUCACCAAGCUCGGAUACGCCGCGGCGCCUGCCCUGAGUCUGGGUGGAUACCACUAGGGGGAUGCAACGUCUCCUGCAGCACCGAUGAGCGAUGACAAACUCU